AUGACAGAUUAUAACACAACUCUCUUUCGUAGGCUUACAUGGGAGGGCACUGUCCCGCUGGAAAUCCGCGUCGAUCCCAAGGAGCUCCCCGCUAAUUCAAAUCGUGGUCUUGAGUGCUACUAUGUCCAAGCUCCCAGAGUCAGCUAUCUUCCACUUAUAGUCCCAGAAAUUCGCAAAUUCCUUAUGGAUGUCGUGUUUGACGAAAUAGCCGCCAAGGGCUUGAAAGAUGAAGAAUGGUGGUUCGAAAGCGAAGAAGGCACCUUGCUGAAAUGGCAUUGGCCUAUUGGUGUCAUAUACGACAACCACACGAUAAGCGCAUCCAUUCGCUCUUCUCCCAUGCCCUCGACGUCAACUCCUUGCCCAAUGCGGUUGAUCCUGCAUCUGGCAGCUCCACCAAACGAUAAACUCUUCCUUUCGCCGACAAUAGACGCCUGCAAGCAGGCAUUCAUGAAUCAACUGAAGGAAGCAGAUUUUAUCAGGUGGGGAAACACUAGGCGAAUGACCUCUCUCCGUAAGGCCGAUCAGGAUGGCUUAUGGGAAGGCAUCCGGGAGCGUGAUUUUGACGAUUACUGGCGGGUAGCCUCUAAAUUAAUGCCAUUUGCUGGGUCACCUUUACGGUCAACCUCACCGCCACCAGUUGGGUCGUCCCUAUCACGACCUUUGUCCGCAGAUACCGUCAGCACCCCUGAGCGCGACGGUGCCUACAGUAUACGAAGCGUGCCCGUCAGAAUAUAUCUACCAGACGGUCCUGUGCUUCAGGAAUUGGCUCCUCCAUUACUUGAAGAUGGUAAACGAUUUUGGCAAGAUGUUUUGCAAUGUAUUUCUACUGAACGCCCAAUCGAUACAGGGACGCCACAUACACUUUCUCAUUUCUUUUCUAAUCAUUUCGCUCUAUUGUUCCCUCCGCGACCUCCUCCACCUCCGCCAUCUCGUUCAAACCCGAACCCUCAAGCUCCUGAUGUACCAGAACUUGCCUAUGCACUGAUACAAGGGGUCAUAUCUCCGCCAGAGGCGGAACUAGCGUGGUUGGGAUCAUGUAUGGCUGGUGCUGAUGGUUGGCUGAACAUCUGUGUGGGUAUAAAUAGACGAUAG